CGAGCGGGCAGGCGGGUCCGCGCGCCCGAGUCCCCGAUGGCGCUGUGGCGCGGCUCGGCUUUCGCGGGCUUCCUGGCGCUGGCCUUGGGCUGCGUGUUCCUGCUGGAGCCGCAGCUGCCCGGCUCGGCGCUGCGCUCGCUGUGGGGCUCGCUGCAGCUGCUGCCGGCGCCCGCCCCGCCGGGACCCGGCUCCCCGUCCCCGGAGAGCCGCCUGGCCGCCGCCUGGGACGCGCUCAUUGUGCGGCCGGCCCGGCGCUGGCGCCGCGUGGCCGUGGGGGUCAAUGCCUGUGUGGAUGUAGUGCUCUCCGGGGUGAAGCUCUUGCAGGCUCUGGGCCUGAGUCCUGGAAAAGGGAAAGAUCAUACUGUCCUGCAUUCACUUACCCAUCUAGAGGAAGCCUUCCUUAACUUCAUGGGGAAGGGAGCAGCUGCAGAGCGUUUCUUCAGUGACAAGGAGGUCUUCCACAACAUUGCCCAGGCAGCAUCUGACUUCCCUGGAGCCCAGCACUACGUAGGAGGGAAUGCAGCUUUAAUUGGACAGAAAUUUGCAGCCAACUCAGAUUUAAAGGUUCUUCUUUGUGGUCCAGUUGGUCCAAAGCUGCAUGAGCUUCUUGAUGACAAUGUGUUUGUUCCUCCAGAGUCACUGCAGGAAAUGGAUGAGUUCCACCUCAUUUUAGAGUAUCAGGCAGGGGAGGAGUGGGGCCAGUUAAAGGCUCCCCAUGCCAACAGAUUCAUCUUCUCCCACGACCUCUCCAACGGGGCCAUGAAUAUGCUGGAGGUGUUUGUGUCCAGCCUGGAGGAGUUCCGGCCAGACCUGGUGGUCCUCUCUGGAUUGCACAUGAUGGAAGGACAAAGCAAGGAGUUCCAGAAGAAGAGACUCCUGCAGGUUGUUGCCUCCAUUUCUGACAUCCCCACUGGUAUUCCGAUUCAUUUAGAGCUGGCAAGCAUGACCAAUCGGGAACUCAUGAACAGCAUUGUGCACCAGCAGGUCUUUCCUGCUGUGACUUCUGUUGGGCUGAAUGAGCAAGAGCUGCUGUUCCUCAGCCAGUCAGCAUCUGGACCUCACUCUUCUCUCUCUGCCUGGCAUGGUCUUCCUGAUGUGGGCAUGGUCAGUGACAUUCUAUUUUGGAUUCUGAAGGAAUAUGGCUGGAGUAAGAGCAGAGCCUCGGAUCUCACCAGGAUUCAUUUCCACACACUGGCCUAUCACAUCCUGGCAACCGUGGAUGGGCACUGGGCCAACCAGCGGGCAGCUGUGGCUGCCGGUGCUCGUGUGGCGGGAACACAGGCCUGCGCCACAGAGACCAUAGACACCAGCCGAGUGUCUCUGAGGGCGCCCCGUGAGUUCGUGACUUUCCAUUCAGAGGCCGGCUCAAAGGUUACCUUCAACCCAAAUGAGCCAGUCGUGGAAUGGCACAGGGAGGGAAUAACCUUCCACUUCACACCAGUGUUGGUGUGUGAAGACCCUGUGCGGACUGUGGGCCUUGGAGAUGCCAUCUCAGCUGAGGGACUUUUCUAUUCCCAAGUUCACCCACACUCCUAGGAAGUUGGUGGUGGGCAGCUUUUCUCAGGAAAGAGAACUGACCGGCUUGGAGUUCCAGGAAUGAAGGAAUUUGGAAUUUAGGAUGGAGGGACAGUUUAUAGAUCUCAUUGAAAGAUAGCCAAAGAA